AUGUCGACAUUUAUAGACGUCUUGGGUUUCAAUCCUGUAAACCCGAGCAUUUCAAAGUCUGUUCAUCAGACUUGCCCCUACGCAUCCUCGCUCGCCUCGUCGGCGUCCUCGUCGGCAUCGUCGGUCUUCUCUCUUGACGCUGUCUCGUCUCAAACCUCGGUUGCCUCGUCCACAUGCACAUCUGCAGAUGUGAUCUGGGAAAACGAGAUACCCGCCAACUCUCAAGAGAAGAAGGCUGCCGCAACGAACGAUGCAGUCCGCACCUCCGCAAAGGGUUGCUACAGUAAGGCUGGAGAGACAGAUGUCUCGACGAGCCUGAGGCAACACCCUAGGCGUACGGCUGCUACGCGUCCUCCCCCAACCUUGGUGCGCCAGUGCGAAAGGAAAACCAACUUCGUCGAUAGUCUUGUUGGUAAGUCUACGCCCUUCCCUCCAUCGCCGUACAUUCCGACCAGUCUAACGCAUAUCUGCCCUCCCCUUGAAGACUCUGCAUCGCAAAUCGUAGAGAUUAUCUGGCCCCUCUCAGUCGCUGCGUCCCCGAGAGGCGUUGAGUCUACCCUUGGCUGCAAGGGGGUUUUGCCCCUAAGAACGUUCAUUCAGGAGACUCUUCGCAGAUCGCGAACCAGCUACUCUACUCUGCAGGUUGCCCUUUAUUAUCUGAUCCUGAUCAAGCCGCAUGUCCCAAGCAUCGACUUUACCAUGGAACAGCCCAAACUGCAGCAGUCCUACUCCCGCGCCAUGCAAUGUGGCCGGCGCAUGUUCCUCUCUGCUCUCAUCCUUGCCUCAAAGUAUUUGCAAGACAGGAACUACUCCGCCCGUGCGUGGAGCAAGAUCUCAGGCCUCAACACAGCAGAGAUCAACCAGAACGAACUCAUGUUCUUGCAGGCUGUCGACUGGCGCCUGCACAUCUCAGACGCCGUCUUUCAGCGCUGGAACGAUAUCGUUCUAAAGUAUACACCGAAUGCCAGCGGCAUCCCCAGUGUCGACGGCAUGUGCUGGCGAACGGUCAUCCCUAUCCUGACUCCCCAGCUUGAUACGCUGGAGUCUCAGGGCGAUGGCCCCUGGGCAGUGUCGAAUGUGGGCUCUCCAGUCGAUAGCACCACACCAAGCAGUCCUUCUACCUGUAGCAGCCCUCCUUCGGGUCUCUCGUUCACUGAGAUACCGAGGAGACCGUCAACGGUCGACUUGACCAACGUCACCCUUCCGUCGCUUCCAAGGCUUGGACUGCUUCCUACCCCCCAGCUCACCCCGCAAGUCAACGCCACCACGCAUACUCCUGCAGUGAGUGCCAGUGCGUGUCGUCCAUCCAUCUGCUCCGCACUUUCGCAGGCCCAGACGGCCUUCGUUCAACGGACUACCUUGGACCAGCGUCCUACGCAACCCUUGUAUAUUAGCAAACAACCUUCUUUUGACUGUCCUUCCGGUUCAUUCCAGGGCCGCCGCUCUUCCCUGGCUCGCUCGUCUUCCUUCACCUCAUCCCCUGAGUCGAUGGCGUCUGAUGUUCCGUCACUGUCGUUCUCUUCCCGAUCUUCUCGAUCUUCUCGAUCCUCCUCCAUCUCAUCUGUCACAUCCAUGAACUGCGCACCCCGCACAUCUCGUCGCACUACCCCCACCUCCCAGCCAAACAACUGUCUUAAAGAAAGCAGAAAACCCCUCGUUAUUGCUACCCCAAUCGAUGAGCACGAACCAAGCUAUAAUACAUACCCUCCCUCCCCACCCUCCCGUACUACCAGCGCUAUCAGUGCAGUUCCCGACCUGUCGAAUUUUACUCUCAACACCCCGUCCGACUCGGACGCCGCUGCUAUCCAGGGCCUGUACGAGCUUGCCACCGGCUUCCCACUGUCGCUGGAUUGCACUACUCCAUCCCCUAUUAACAGCACUCGACGUUGCCGAAAACGCUCUCGUGCCCCAUCCACAUCCGAAGAAGCCAGCCUGCAGCAAAAAGUGCGCCAUCUCAUGGCGCUUGAUGCGCGGGAUCUCGAGGAUGAUAGCAACUCUCUGGCCGUCCUACGUGACAACCAAGUUGCUGACUCGUUCUUGGUCAAUAAGGUUGCAGGUAUGAGCGCUACUGGUUCCGUCAGCGUAAAGCGUGCGUGCUGCGGUAAGGAGAACGUUCGGGCGCUAUGGGGCAUUUGA